AUGGCGUUGGAGAAAGCAGAGAAGGUGCCGACGGGCACAACCCCAGACUCGCCAGUCUAUUGCGGGAUGAAAUGGGGGUGGAUGGAGAAGCAUCCAACAAGCGUUGAUGCCGGGAAACAAGAAGUUUCGGCUCCACUGCCACCCACGUUCAUUACCGUCAAUAUGCAUUUAACUACGCUCGCUAUUGCCCUCUUUUCUGUUUCAGCGGCUCUUGCCGCGCCACGGGACAAUUCGGAUCUGGACACUCCAGGACAGUGGAAGUCACGAUGCUUCACGACCUCCGGAUAUGCCAAAGUUGGGAAGCCAUCAACAACUACUUCAACCCGAACACGCAAACCAACGACCAUCACCAUUGCCCGCACGGAGACAGUUACGAAGACAACCACUCCGACUGUGACUACAACAACGACGUCCCUGAAGGUGAAUACCGUGACCAAGACUGCUCCGCCCUCUGCCGUCAGUUCCACACUCACGAUUACGUCUACCGUGACAGCAUUGAUGAACACUUCAGCUGUGGUAUUCACGACGGUCACUGAUCUUGCCAACUUGACGGUCACAAGCACAACAGUCUCGACCGUGGCAGCACCGGCUGGCUUCACUCCAAUUUUCGACAGUUCUGGAUACAGUUCGCUGAAUGACACCACCAAGCGUUCUUUGGACCAGUCUCUGGAGCGGUCUCUGGAGGUCAGAGGCAACGGCGGUGGUGUCCGCAAAUACCCUGGCGGCCGUGGACCUCCGAAGGUGCAGGGUGUCAAAUGUGUGACUGUGAUUCAGUCGACCUCAACUGCAUACAAGACAAAAACAAAGACGAUCACAGUUGCUGCAGCUCCGAAGACUAAAACGGCAUCCGUCAAGACUACGAUGACUUCGACACUAAUGAUCAUGCCCUCGGCAGUUACAAAAACCGUCAACGCCACUGUCUCGACGACCAUCACGAGCACAGACAUCUACAAUGUGACGUCGACGGUAAGGACCGUCGAAAACAAGACGGACACCGCCACUGCCACGUCCUUGUACUAUGCGGCAUGCGCCACGAACAACAUCCUAGGGCCGAAGGCGGCGCCGGAUGGUGAAUAUAUCCAAGGCAUUGCUAAUUCUGACGGCGUGUAUGCGCUCGCACCAGCCGCAAACCCGUACGAGUGCUGCGUACUUUGUAUGACGGGGUCGGUGAUAGCAAAUUGCCAGAAUGUCAUCUUUUACGACGGCACAUGCGAUAUGGUUGGCGGAAAUACCGACGUCUGUCCCAAUGGGGCACAAGGCGAUUCUGGGUGGGUUUGGCUGACGGCUGAUCCGCCGACAGAGCCCGCCGGCGGCCGGUAUAACUCGAAUGGGCCUUGUGGAUGGGUGGGAGCUUAG